GGCGUCUCGGCGCAGGUGCGGCGGCAGCGAGCCAAGGAGCUGGGGCUGGGCCGGCACGACAACGCCGUGCGUUACCUGGGCCAGGAUUUCGGGCAGCUGGCCGAGGAGUGCCGGCGCUCCGGGACCCUGUUCCGGGACCCCGCGUUCCCCCCGGCCGCCUCCUCCCUCGGCUUCCGCGAGCUGGGCCCCGGCUCCUCCAAAACCCACGGCGUGCAGUGGAAGAGACCCACGGAGCUGUGCCCGCGGCCGCGGUUCAUCGUGGACGGAGCCACGCGCACCGACAUCUGCCAGGGAGCGCUGGGUGACUGCUGGCUGCUGGCGGCCAUCGCGUCGCUGACGCUCAACGAGACCCUCCUGCACCGCGUGGUGCCGCACGGGCAGAGCUUCCAGCAGGGCUACGCCGGCAUCUUCCACUUCCAGAUCUGGCAGUUUGGCGAGUGGCUGGACGUGGUGGUGGACGAUUUCCUGCCCACCAAGGACGGGAAGCUGCUCUUCGUGCACUCGGCCGAGGGCUCCGAGUUCUGGAGCGCGCUGCUGGAGAAGGCCUACGCCAAGGUGAACGGCUGCUACGAGGCGCUGUCGGGCGGCAGCACCUCCGAGGGCUUCGAGGACUUCACGGGCGGCGUCACCGAGUGGUUCGACCUCCGCCGGCCCCCGGCCGACCUCUACCAGAUCAUCCUCAAGGCUCUGGAGCGCGGCUCCCUGCUGGGCUGCUCCAUCGACAUAACCAGCGCCUUCGACAUGGAGGCGGUGACCUUCAAGAAGCUGGUGAAGGGCCACGCUUACUCGGUGACCGGCGCCCAGCAGGUCCGGUACCGCGGGCAGGCCCUGGAGCUCAUCCGGAUGCGCAAUCCCUGGGGAGAGGUGGAGUGGACGGGCGCCUGGAGCGACGGGUGAGGCUUCGUUAGCGCGA